UACGCAGUGAAGGAUAGAGUGGACCUAUCUUCCCUCAGUGAUACUACUCGAAUCCAGAAAUAUGUGACCCUGACCCAAGCAUGCUUGUGCCGUGUGCAGACGAUAUAUCUUGCAUAUUGAAAGAAAUAGAAAUUCUUCUGUCCAGGGUUAUUGUUCAGCACAUGGAAGGAUACAAAGAUCAAGCAACGAAAAUAAUAUGGCAUAUACAAAGCAAGCAAAACAAGGAGAUGGCUCUAAAGUCUCUAGUGGUGCCACUUGGGGUACUCCUUCACAAUGAAAAUAAGCUUAAUGAAAUGUGUAAGAUCCUGGAACACUGUGUGAAGUUUGUUCCUACCCGACCAGCUGAAGGAAAGUACAUUCUUCCUAAUGGGAGUAUACUCGACUUUGAUGAUACACGAUUCUUCAAAAUACUUCUUGGUGGCGACCAACUAACAGUGGCCAGAGUACGUGGUGCCCAAGCACUUCGAAUGUCACAAGACAAGGCUAAAGACCGACUAGAAGGGAUCGUUCCAGUAGUCGAGGAUUGGCAUGCCAGAAUGACACUCAUGAAGACUAUAUGGCAACGGCUUUAUUCUGUGAAGUCAUCACGGGAUAAAGGGACUAUGUACCAACUGAGAAAUUUGAUUAAUAGGACAUCUGUACCAACUGAUCCUUGUGACAACAUGAACUCUGCUGAAGAUUACUUCUUGCUGCUGGUGCAUACACAUGCCAUUGCUGCUGCAAAGGAAAUACUUUCAUACACCUCGAUGGAUUCAGUUUCAGAUCUUGCCAAAGCAAUCACAACCAACUUUACAUACGUUUCACAUCUAGAUUUUUCUCAGCAAACUACUGAAAAACAGAAGACAGUAGAUGAUAGUGUACAUUUAUACGCAGUUGAACUAUUGACCCUAGGAUUGUUGUGGCAUGGCUUCCAUGAUGCCAUCAAAGAGGGUGAUGGGGAACGAAUCAUGAGGUAUUGGAAGUUUUUGUUAAUUCUAUUUAAGUCGACCAAUCACCCCAAUUAUGCUAAAGAGGCAGUGAAUUUGUUGCUGCAAUACAACUACUUGUUUUCUGAAAGGCAAAAGUCUCAACUUCUUUGGAGUAGAUGCGUAAAUACACGAGGGCUCCCUGGAACCAACAUUCCGUGUGAUCUUCACAUGGAACAUCUUAACAGAAGACUAAAGACAGUGCUAAGGAAUAUGGGAGCAAAUGUCAACGACAAAACCGUUACAAAAGCUGGGAAGUGUAUUGCUGUUGUGCAACGUGUCUGUCAAGCUUUUGAGGAACAAACUUCUUCUACGGCCUCACGCUCUGACAAUCACCCCUACCCUAAAUUUGGGAAGGACUUUGACAUGGUGCUGAACGUUCUCGAACAAGAAAGAGUCUUUACGUAUACAGCAAACAGAAAACAUGAUACUUUCAGUUUUUCUAAAGGACUACUCGUAAAACUAUCUAAGAAGCAGCUUCUCAAUAAAGUCCAGACUAGCAUUGACCAGAUAUAUUUGGUGUAACGAACAGUCAAUUUAUGUCCUCUAUCAUUGUUAUUAUUAAUAUGCAAAA